GUCGAAGGUUAGAGGGAAAGAGAAGAAAGCAGACGCCUUGUACGCGCAUUUGCCACUCGGAGUAGCGACCAGGCUUUGCACACCGCUGGGUUUGAAUGUCUGGAGACGGUGCGCGAAACGGGAAGGGCUGCUUUUCCAAAGAGGAGCUGGCUGAAGUGUCUGACGUUUCACCGGGGGCAGGAGCGGCGCAGCACAGCACCAUGAGCGAGAGGUUCGACUGCGACCACUGCAAGGAGUCGCUCUACGGACGCAAGUACAUCCAGUCCGAGGACAGCCCCUACUGCAUCCCCUGCUACGACAGCCUGUUCGCCAACACCUGCGACGAGUGCAAGGAGCUGAUUGGCCACGACUCCAGGGAGCUGUUCUACGAGGACCGGCACUACCACGAGCACUGCUUCCGCUGUUUCCGCUGCGACCGCUCUCUGGCGGACGAACCCUUCACCAGCCAGGAGGAGGCGCUGCUGUGCAACGACUGCUACUGCAACGAGUUCUCCUCCAAGUGCGUGGCCUGCGACAAGACCGUCAUGCCAGGCACACGGAAGUUGGAGUAUGGGGGCAACACGUGGCACGAGGCGUGCUUCAUCUGCCACAGCUGUGAGCAGCCAAUCGGCUCCAAGUCCUUCAUCCCGGACAAGGACGAGCACUACUGCGUGCCCUGCUACGAGAACAAGUUCGCCCCGCGCUGUACCCGCUGCAAACAGGUCCUGGCGAAAGGGGGCGUGACCUAUCGGGACGAGCCGUGGCACAAGGAGUGCUUCGUGUGCUCGGGCUGCAAGGUGCAGCUGGCCGGGCAGCACUUCACCUCCCGCGACGACAGCCCCUACUGCCUCAAGUGCUUCGGCAACCUCUACGCCAAGAAGUGUGAGGCCUGCAGCAAGCCCAUCACAGGUUUCGGCGGGGGGAAGUACAUCUCGUUCGAGGAGCGGCAGUGGCACCAGCCCUGCUUCACCUGCUCCAGGUGUUCUGUGUCCCUGGUGGGGGCCGGCUUCUUCCCCGACCGCGACCAGAUCCUCUGCCGCGACUGCAACGGCGGCCUAUAAGGAGCCACGACCCCAAGCCCCGCCUCUCCGGAGCCACGCCCCCCAAACCCCGCCCCCCGGAGCCACGGCCUCCUACAGCCUCAACACCAAAGAAGAAGAAAUACUAACACAGGCCUGCUUCACCAUUUCACUGGGGCUUACUGAGGUGUUUACACUCCUGACUGCACCAAAGAGAGAGAGAUUUCACUCCUAACACACCCCUACACACACAGAUAUGCACACACACACAUGCACACACAGAUACACACACACACACACACACACAUCCACAGUGCACUCUCAGAAAUAAUGGUACCAAAAAUUAAAGUGCCUAAAAUGGUACAGUAUUAAUGCUUGUUGCUGGGGCGGUACCCGAAAGGUACAUACAAUUUUACCACUAGCCAACAAUAUGUAAUACCUUUUUUGCUUUGGAAAAACUACUCAUUUGUACCCAAAGAGAACAUUACUGUACUUGCAGGGUCCAUUUCUCGCGUUCAGAAAAACGCACCGAGCAGCCUCCCCCCCCCUCCCCCCCCCCCCCCCCCCCCCCCCUUCAUCCUGUCUGUGCCGAGCGCCAGGGUUUCCCUUCAUCUACAAAGGGAACUACGGAAACAGCUGGGGGGGAAGGGGGCGGAGGCGGCCAUUUUGUGUCAAGCAGGACCCCCCCAAACUCACUGCCCCCACAUCAGCAGUCACUGCGUCAGCAUCAGCCCCAGUAGCGUUUCACCAAUGGCGGCACACACAGUGCGACCAGAUCCAUUAAAACUGCCCAACUGCACUCAAAAAUAAAGGUACGGAAAGUGCCUAAAAGAGGUACAAAUGCCUGUCGCUGUGGCAGUACCCUGUAGGUACAUAAAAUUGGACCAGCAAUGUAUAAUUAAAUUGUACCUUUUUGUUCAGAAAACAUACUCAAACAUACUCAUCGGUGAGAGCACUACUGCACUUCCAGGGUUUUGUUUGGAAGGCGUGAUCCUGGAGGAGCAGAAACGCACCUCCGCCGUGACGUUGUGUGAUCCGUGUCAGCACCCGCCGUGUCCAGGGAAUUUUGGGGAAAACCCCUCCCACUGAAUUUCAGAAACACACAAAAAAAUAAAAUUCUCUUUCAUCGACCACUGCUGUGAUAAGUCCCCUGGCGGGGCCGUUGUUCUGAACCGCUCUGCACAGAACGAGAUCUUCCGCUGCCUUUCGUCAAAAGUUACAUAAACACAAAUAUCCAAAUCCAGCUUUCAUGCACUCAUAUCUGUACGUUUCCAAAUAUCCAAAUAGCUACGACAUGGGAAAGGUUUUUUUUUCCAGGGACUCUGACCAAAGAGCUUUCAUUGUUUGGCCCAGUUCCUGAUGCAAACCCACCCCCGCUUUUUAUAUUUAUUUACCUCUCGUCACUCUGUUGUGUUUAAAAAACAAUAACAGCGUUUGAGAAACUCCAGGGCAGACUGCUGUCCGGGUCUUGGCCAGACACACUGAAAUGGUCGGUGCGCAGGCGAGAGAUUUGACCCAGCUCUCCCAGUCCACACAGGUGUGCCCUCAGUCAGCCGUGAGAAGUCAGCCAUUUUGUGACGGUUCCAGUCUGGAUUCUGCUCCAUUUCUAAGGCCCAGUGUCAAUGAUGACAGAGGGAGGACUGUAUGAAGAAUCAGCCUUAAGAAUUAUUAUUAUAC